UUACAGGUGCAGCGACUGAACGCGGAGAGCGUUACCCCUGCGUGACGUCACCAAGCAAACAUUGCGAUAGGGAAAGCUACUGUAGCGUACAGUUGUUGUAGCUCCGUACUUCGAACGACGCGAACGCACCUAGAGGAGCUGCGAAUCGUUGCCGCUGUUGUUUACUUCUUAAACAAGGGCGUUUUGCAUGGGAUCUACGAUCGGGGAGUGAAAAUCAUUCGGAGCGUCCGCAACAAAUCUUGUUUGGCUACUUCUACUUUUUUGCUGUUUUUGUUGGAAAAGAAAUGGCUUCAGUUGGAAGAAAUGGAGAUGGUAUGGCAAGCAUACAUUUAGAAGAGGACCAGGUCAAAAUUCUGGAGGGUCAUUUCACCAGAGUUAGCAAGCAUCCAGACCAGGCGACGCUCAUGUUGAUAGCAGCAGAGUGCGGACUAUCCGAGGCAGAGACAGCGAAAUGGUUCAGGCUACGCAAUGCCCAGUGGAGACAGGCCGAGGGUCUGCCAGCUGAACUGGGAUCAGUGAAGGACUAAGAUGGGGUGAAAGUGCCAGUCUGCCGUGGCCGUUUCUUGCUGACCCAAUAACAGGCAGGAAAGGAGGACUGGAGUCUUGACUUCAUGUAGUUCUCUCCUUCCUGUAUCUAAGCUCUUUGCUCAUUCGCUGAAUGUGAUCUGUUUGUAAGUCUCCUUGUUUUUUAUUUUUUUAUUUUAUUACUUUAUAGCUGGUUUGGCUCAUUUUGUACCAAUGUAACCAAUAUGUUUACAUAAAUAAAUAUAUAAGAAAAUAAAUAUAUCAUUAUAACUCAAA